AUGCGGCCGGUGGACAAACACCUGCCGCCGGACGAGACCAUGGUACCUCGACUUCUGCUCGGUUUGGGCCUGAUGGCCCUGGCCCGACUCGCCGUGGGAGUCUGCCCGCACGACGACGCCGCACUCAAGAGCUGGAGCGACGCUGCCACCUGGGCCUCUGGCGCGGUGCCAGUCGAGGGCGAGGCGGUGGUUGUGACGGAGCCCAUCCUGCUGGACACGGCGACACCCUUCCUGGUCUCCGUGGAGGUGGCCGCCGGCGGUCGGCUCGUCUUCGACCCGAACGUGGCGCUCGCCAAGCUGGCCGCCGAGUUCGUGCUGGUGAACGGCGAGCUGUGGGUGGGCGCCGAGGACUGUCCCUUCACCGGGCAGGCCGAGCUGGAGCUGCUCGGCCUCAAGAACGAAACGGUCGGCGUCGAGGUCGGUGGCGCGCUGCAGCUCAAGGCCCUGGUCGUUGACCAGGGCCGGCUGGAGGUGCACGGCGCACUGCGGCGCGCCUGGGCGCGCCUGCAGACCACGCUGCCGAAGACGACGCGGGAGCUGGUGGUGGGUUCGCCCAUCUUCGACUUCGCCGAGUCGGAGGACGCGCAGUCCUGGUACCGCGGCUUCAUCGCGUACGAGUUCUCGGCCGACGGUCAGCCGCUGGGCUUUCUGGGCCGGCUGCGGCGCUCGUGCGAGUUCGCGGAGCUCGUGACGCGCCAGGACAGCGUGGUGCUGCUGGUGAUGCAGCGCAAGGUGGAGCUGGACGGCGGCCAGGAGCCGGAGCGCGUGGCGCUGGCGCUCGAGCAGGCGUGCUACGGCGGCGAGCGUCGCAGUCACCUGCGUGACCUCGCGCCGGGCCAGACGGUGGCCUGGGCAGCCGUCUGCCACGUCGGCCAUCCGGAGAACAGCGUCGAGGAGCUCGGCCACCCCGAGGGCGACAACUCGAUGACGUCGCGGCUGGUGCAGCGCGUCGGCGACGCUGACUUCCUGGUGCAGUCGGUGACGAGGCUGGAAGGCGACUGGCCGUUCGAAGUCAGCAUGCUGUCGUACGCGGCCGGCACGGUGCCCGCCUCCACAAUGACGUUGUCCGUCGACUCGGACGUCAGUGACUGGCGCGCCGGCGACACCAUCGCCGUCACGUCCACCGACUACGACUGGCGGCAGGCGGAGGAGCUGACGCUGCUGGAGUGCGCUGAGUGCUCCAGCACCGAGAUCAAGGUCGGCCGGCCGAUUCUGUUCACGCACUGGGGCGAGACCACCGACGGGGUCAACAUGGGCGCCGAGGUGGGCCUGCUCAACCGCAACGUCCGCAUCCACGGCCGCAUGGAAGACGCCUGCUACGGCGACAACCACUGCGGCCGAUUCAGCUUCGACACGUUCGGCGGCCAGAUCAAGGUGCUGGCCGGCUUCCAGACGGUGCGCAUCGCCAACGCCGAGAUCUUCCACAUGGGUCAGAACUCGGUGCUGGGUGCGUACCCCGUCCACUUCCACAUGUGCGGCGACGUGGACUCACGCGAGCACCCGCCAUACGUGCGCUCCAACGCCAUCCACCACACGUUCUCGCGCUGCGUCACCGUACACGGCACUAACGGCCUGCUGGUGGAGGACAACAUGGCGUUCGACCACUACGGCCACUGUUAUUUCCUGGAGGACGGCGGCGAGAAGCGAACGGCCUUCCGGCGCAACCUGGGCUUCAGCACGCGACGCACGAGCCUGACGCCCACGGACGGGCGCGCCUCCACCUUCUGGAUCACCAAUCCGGACACGGCGAUGGAAGGCAAUGUGGCUGGCGGCUCGGAGGGCUUCGGCAUCUGGUACACGUUCCCGCGUGAGCCAAUCGGUCCGUCAGCUGAGCUGGGGCUCAUGGCGGAGAACGAGGCGUACCGCACCCCGCUCGGCGCGUUCGUCGAUAACGUGGCGCACUCCAACAACGAGUAUGGCCUGCUUUUCGACGGCGUACUGAAACCGAACGGCCAUGUCCACAGCGGCUUCAACUACAAUCCACUGGAGGACCCGCAGGACCCGGACAGCGCGGCGGUCGUGGUCGAAUUCAACGGCUUCACCGCCUUCAAGAACUACAAGUCGGUGAAGGUACGUGGCCCGCAAGUGUUGGCACGCAACUUCAAGAUCGCGGAGAGCGUGGAGGGGGUCAGGUUCCUCUACUCGUACCCGGGCGUGAAACGACUGGUCGACUCACUCAUCGUCGGCGAGACUGCCAACAAGGGCAAGCCGGAGGGCUGGAUCCGGCUGCAGAACGACACUGUCAUCUGGUGGGACCGCCAGAUCCGCAUGAACGGUGCUGACAACGCGCUGCCCAUUAUCGGCGUCAUCUUCUACGACGGCAUCGUCUCGCUGGAGGGCGUCACGUUCGACAAAUUCGCCAGCAACGUGGUGCGGCCGGCCGGCGGCAUCGGCAUGCGCCGGCGUAACAGGGACUACACUUCGCCGGUCAACAGCGCCAGCGGCGCCAUCUUCCGCUACAGCGACCCGGCCGAGGGCAACCGCGUGUUCGACGCCAGCGAGGGCCGCGGCUUCGAGGACAGAGCCGGCAACAUCCAGAGCGUGAUCUGGGACAAGGACGGCUCGCUCACAACACACGCCGGCGCCACACUCGUCAAGCCGUAUGCGGUGCACCUCAACGCGCGCUGCGCGGCCGUGCCGCAGUGGAACCUGCACAUGUGCCCAGCGCGCUUCACCAAGCUGCAGUUCCUCUGGUGGGACGGCGCCGCCAACCCGGUGCACACGUUCAUCACGCGCAACGACGGCACCGCCACGUUUGGCCGCGACAACUACCAGAUCAGCUACGCGCUCAAUACGCAGGAGUCCUACAUCCUGCACUUCAACCAGACGGUGCCGCGCCGCUUCAAGAUCCGCCUGGCCGGCGUCGAGGCCGACGUCAGCCAGACGGUCGGCAUCUGCGUCGGGCGUGACGUCACGCCGACGCUGGAGAUGAGCGCCGUGCCCGUGCCGGACUUCGGCUCGCUGGAAAGCGGCGGCGCCGACGUGCGCUACUUCCACGACCCGGCCGUGGGCGUGCUGUUCUUCCGCUUCAGCUCGCCGUACGCACGCACGCCCGACACGGUGGACGAGUGUCCGGGCAUGGAGGGCGAGCCAGCCGGCUGCCCCACCAUCGAGAUCGUCCUGCCCGACAUGAACACGGAUGGAGACUGCUCCGAGCGCGCCUAUCCCACCUACCGGACUGAGCCACUCGACGCCACCGGCGCCCUCACCACCCCCGACUUCCCCGCCGAAGGAUAA